AUGCAGCCGGGGGUCUCUGUUUGCUGCCAGCCGCUGCAGCGCCCCAGGGCCAGAAGGGACCCCACAGCCCUCUUGCCUGUGCAGCACCCGCACCUUCAUGCUGCUGCUGCUGCUGCUGCUGUUGCUGCUGCUGGGGGUGCUGCUGGGGCUGCUGCUGCUUCAGCAGUGUCGCUGCUGCUGCAGCUUGAGGGGGACUCCCUGCGAGCCCCCGGCCUAAUAGACAGCCGCAGGGCCCUUGGGGAGCCUCGGGAACAUAAAGACUGCAGCAGCAGCAGCAACUGCAGCAGCAGCAGCAACAGCAGCAACAGCAGCAGCAGCAGCAGCACCACGGAGGCUGCUGGUUGCUGCAGCAGCUGGCAAUUGGGCAGUGCAUGCGAGUUGCAGCAGCUGCCGCAGCAGCGACAACAGCAGCGACAGCAACAGCAACAGCAGCAACAGCAACAACAGCAGCAGCAGCAGCAACAACAACAGCGGAUAUGCGCAUUGCGCAGCAUUCUGCUGCUGCUGCAGUGCGAACAUCCUAAGUGGGGCCCCAGCAGCGGCCUUGACGCGCGCGCAGCAGCAGCGACAGCAGCAGCAACAGCAGCAACAGCAGCAGCAACAGCGGCAGAGACAGCAACAGCAACAGCAGCAGCAGCAAUAGCAGCAGCAACAGCAGCAGCAGCCCCCUGUGGCGCUUCUGUCAAGCCCAGUGACUGGAGUGACUGGUCAUAUCUGGCUGCCGGAAGAGCAGCUGCAGCAGCAGCAGCUGCAGCAGCAGCAACAGCAGCAACAGCAGCAGCAACAGCAGCAGCAGCAGCAAAGAAUCAGACAAUGGGGAAUACGGAGAGCACUUCAGCUGUGCAGCAGCAGCUGGAGCUGCUGAACUCUCCCUCGCUGCUGCAGCAGCCCGAGAACUUCUGGGUUUCACUCUUCAUGCGGAUUUCUUCGCUGCCUGCUGCUGAGGCGCUGCUGCCCCCAACUCAAAUUGAGGCUUUGCUGCAGUCAAACCCUAAAAACAUUGAACUACUUUUCAGAAAACUGGUGCAGCACCUGCUGCUGCUGAGCCGCCGCGGCAGCCAGCAGCACUUAACGGGCCCCGAAGAAGAUUCGCUGCUGUCUUGUUUGUCUCUUUUGGAAGUCCUUUUGUCUUUUUGCAUAAUGCAGCCCCACCUAGAGGCGACGCUGUUCUGGCGGCCUUUCCCGCAGCACGAGUUUGCGGAGGAGCUGCAGCAGCAGGAGUUGCUGCUGCAGCAGCAGCAGGAUGAGUACGAUCCUCAGCAGCAGCAGCAGCAGGAGGAAAAGCAGCAGCAGCAGCAGCAGCAGAAUGGCCGGCAGCAGGAGGCGCAGCUGCAGCAGCAGGAAGAGCUGCAGCAGCAGCAGAACGGCCAGCAGCAGGAGGACAACCAGCAGCAGCAGCAGCAAGAGGAACAGCAAAGCUCUGGGACCCCUGAAGGCUCAAAACGCUGCACAACCCUGGCGAACGAGCUGAUGAAUGCUCUCGCCCGUCUGCUUUUCUUGAACGGCUUUUGCGUCAACGCCCCUCGUUGCUUCCUGGAAAAGGACGAGCGGCAGCGGCAGCAGCAGCAGCAGCAGCAGAGCUUGCAGCGCCAGCAGAGGCAAGCGUUUUACUCGGCCUCAUCUCUUCAGUGGCUCGGGAGACUCUCGGCUGCUGCUGCCCGCCGCCAGGAGCGGCCGAGCGACAGGCUUGGGAGGACCCGCUGCUGCUGCUGCUGCUGCAGCAAGCAACAAGCAACAGCAGCAGCAGCUGCUGCUGCUGCAGCGUAG